AUGAUACAUCCAGUUCACCCGAAAGUAAUUUUUUCGCCAUACCGCGCUUACUAUCCCGGACACAACAGCUUAAAUAAACCAGCCUCCGAUCCGUAUAGUGUGUACGAUUUUAGUGAAGACUUUCACGAGUACCCGGAGGAAGAAGACCAAUGCGUGACUCAAGUAGCGCGCCCUUUGUCACGCAUUGAACUCUUGAUUCUGGACUAUAAGCAAUUCAAGGCGGCACGAACUAUUCAACGAUAUGUUCGAGGAUUCCUGGUGCGUCAACUUAUUUUGCGACGCGAAUGGGCUGCGAUCACAAUACAGAAAUGGUGGCGUCGGUUCGCCAAGCAGCGAUAUUUCUUCGAAUUGUGCCAGACUAUAUUGCAAGAGAGAUUGCUGCGACAUUAUAAUGAGAAUGCCAUUAAGAUUCAGGCGCUAUUUAGAGGUUGGUGGGUACGGAAACAUGUCACCGACAUGAACCUCCUGAAGAGAGUGCAGACAAACAGUUUAGAGGAUCUUCUGCUAUGCCUAUGCUUUAAGAUGCACACGAUUAAUCGGGAAGGGAAAUUGCCAGGCGUAUAUAGCCUGAGAAAUUCAAAGUGCCUGGAGGAAGUGGAGCAAUUCAUAACCACGAUGUCGUAUCGUUUUUAUAACAACAAUGUGAGAACUCAUGGUCAGGAACGGCUGGCACGUUUGAAUACGAUGCGUAUUAAGUUCAUGAAGGCGACUCAGUACACCACGGUGCCCUACCCAGGUCAUAAUAUAUUUGGACUAUGCCAGCAGCAGGACGACGAUGAAAUGGCGUGCACUCAGAAAGAAGGGGAUCCGCGCCUAGCCGAUGUCAAUCGAAUAUUCACCAAUGGUCGUCGGCCUAUUGUGCACACAAAUAUUCUGAAAAAACGCGGAACUUUUGAAAGGGAGUUGUUCAUGACGAUGCGCAGGCAAAAUAGGAAGCAGUUUUGCAAACAUGUCAUAAAUAGUAUGCGGAAAUGGCGAUUGGAAAAUGGUGAGAAGCUGAUUCUGCCGAAGAACAUAUUUGACGAUCCUAACAAGCUGGAGGAGUUUCUCAUAAACGUUGCAGAAGAAGUGAGGGAAAAUGAAGUCAGUUGUUAUUGCCAGCUGGAUUGAAGCUGCUGUUUUCUUAAAUUAGCACUUUAUUAAUUGGUAUAUUUUUUUAUAUAAAACACAAAAAUA